CCCUAAAUAUCAGGUGUCAUUCAUUCACUUUCCGCGAGAAACAGAAACAGAGAGGGUUUAGGAGGGUUUAUCAGACUCUUCUUCUUCCGCCGAUUCGCCGAGCUCUCUCCUUCGGUUGCCCAUUCCGCCUAUUCUCUCGACGCCCUUCUCGUCGAAGUCCAGUUCAGGGGGGAACGGAAUUGUUGACUAAAUAGCAAGCCUUAAAUCGUAGCUAUAAGAGGUUUCUCUGCCAAUCCAGAGAAAAGAGAUAGGAAGAUGGACAAGGUGAAAAUAGAAGAGGUUCAGUCCACUACCAAGAAGCAGCGCAUAGCCACUCACACCCACAUCAAAGGCCUUGGUCUUGAGGCCAAUGGAAGAGCAGCACCUUGGGCUGCUGGCUUUGUGGGUCAGGGGGAGGCCAGAGAAGCUGCUGGUCUUGUUGUUGAUAUGAUACGGCAGAAGAAGAUGGCUGGUAAGGCACUUCUGAUGGCUGGACCUCCUGGAACUGGAAAGACAGCACUAGCGCUUGGAAUAUCCCAGGAGCUUGGCAGUAAGGUUCCAUUCUGCCCGAUGGUUGGAUCUGAAGUAUACUCAUCAGAAGUUAAGAAAACUGAGGUUUUAAUGGAAAAUUUUAGACGAGCUAUUGGUCUACGUAUCAAGGAAAAUAAAGAGGUCUAUGAAGGAGAGGUGACAGAACUAACACCAGAAGAGACCGAGAGUGUUACGGGUGGCUACGGUAAAAGCAUUAACCAUGUAAUCAUUGGAUUAAAAACUGUCAAAGGAACCAAACAACUGAAGUUGGACCCCACUAUUUAUGACGCAUUGAUCAAGGAAAAGGUAGCUGUUGGUGAUGUCAUAUACAUUGAGGCAAAUAGUGGAGCAGUAAAAAGGGUUGGUAGAAGUGAUGCUUUUGCCACCGAAUUUGAUCUGGAAGCCGAAGAGUAUGUUCCACUACCAAAAGGAGAGGUUCACAAAAAGAAGGAGAUUGUGCAGGACGUAACACUGCAUGAUCUGGAUGCUGCAAAUGCACGACCUCAAGGUGGCCAAGACAUAUUAUCUCUAAUGGGUCAGAUGAUGAAACCAAGGAAAACAGAAAUUACUGACAAGUUGCGACAGGAAAUAAAUAAGGUUGUUAACCGGUAUAUUGAUGAAGGCGUAGCGGAGCUUGUACCUGGAGUUCUGUUCAUUGAUGAGGUACAUAUGCUGGAUAUGGAGUGCUUUUCGUACUUGAACCGUGCUUUAGAGAGCUCGUUGUCUCCAAUAGUAAUAUUUGCCACAAACAGAGGAAUUUGCAAUGUAAGAGGGACUGAUAUGGCUAGUCCUCACGGAAUACCUGUUGACUUGUUGGACCGGUUGGUGAUUAUCCGAACUCAGACGUAUGGUCCUGAAGAGAUGAUAAAGAUUUUAGCAACCCGUGCACAGGUGGAGGAACUAGUUAUAGAGGAGGAGAGUUUGGCUUACCUGGGAGAGAUAGGCCAAAAAUCAUCUUUAAGGCAUGCUGUUCAGCUCUUGUCACCUGCGAGCAUUGUGGCAAAAAUGAAUGGCAGAGACAACAUCUGCAAGGCGGAUCUAGAAGAAGUGGAUACACUAUAUCUGGAUGCGAAGUCUUCAGCAAAGGUUCUCCAAGAGCAGCAGGAAAAAUACAUUUCGUAAUCAGUACUAAACUACUAACUGAGCAAUGUGUCCGGGUCCCUUCAUUGAUUUUGGAGUAGUUUUAGUCGUUGGUAUUCCCAUUUCCAUCCAAACCUAAUGUAAAUGGUUUCACUUCUUAUUGACAAUUAUGGAAUGGAUUAAUCGAACUACUAAGUGAUAAGAGUGGGUGGGCUAAUGUAUGUGAAUUUUUAAUCUAGAUGAUAAAUUUUUCACAAAUUUUAACAUGUGAUAAUGCUCUA